UUUGUCCACUCUUCUCCCCACUCCCGAGUCCUCUCCUCCUAGUUUCCGUUCAAAUUUUCUUCCAUUCAAAACUCAAAACUGACACAAUUAUUAUUAAUUCAUAGUUCUUCUAACGUUAAACUUCUACCCAGUAGAUAAUCAUCAAAAUUGAGUUUCAACUCUCAUUUUCAGAUGGUAGUUUUAUUGCUUCUCAUACUAUAAUAUUGGUUACUAUGCUUAAUAAUUUGCUCAUCUUUCAGAUCCGCUGCCUUAAAGUUGAUCAAAAAAAGCAAACAAUUUUCCCACAAUAUUAUCGAAGGGUCGCCGUCUAAUUGUAGCAUUUUUCCUAGCGUGACUAAAUGUGUUUUGAAUGGAAGAGAAUCACAUACGUUGGUUUGUGACUUUACCACAUUGUUGAGAUCAUCAUCAUCAUCAUCAAAUCAUUCUUUCUUCCCAAUUUCAUGCUUGUUGCAUUCGAAGGUGGAAGCAUUUUCAGGGCUUUUCUGUUGCUUCUAUCAUUUCCUUUGUUGUGCACCUUGAGAUUUGAGCUAAGGAUGAGAUUCAUGAUUUUCAUUACAUUUUGUGGGCUGAGGUUGAAAGACAUGGAUGUUGUUGCUAGGGUUGUUUUGCCUAAGUUUUAUCUCGAGGAUCUUAAUCUUCGUGUUUACGAGGUUGUGGAUUCGGUCGGGUCAAGGUUGGUUUUCACAAGUUUGCCUAGAGUUAUGGUUGAAGGAUUUCUUAAGGAUUAUCUGAAUGUUGAGGUUGUUCAAGGUUCGGAGCUGGAUACCAUUUGGAACGGUAAGUAUUUUAGUCGAUUAUUAGCUACCUCAUCUGGGCUGCUGCUUAAUAAAGAUGCUGCUUUAAGGAAACAUUUCGGAGAGAAGAGCCCAGAUUUAGGGAUUGGAAGUUUAACUGCGGAUGACUUAAAGUUCAUCUCCGUUUGCAAGGAAUCAUAUGUUGUUACCCAAGAAGAUCGCAAACCAAGUUCCACAACCAUAAUGCCACGAAACAAAUACCCAAAGCAACUAAUCUUCCACGAUGGAAGGCUAGCAUUGACGAAGCGUGGAUUCACGUCGCCGGUUUAACAGUGGAACCCCGAUUACGGUUUCCUGCAAAACAGAACCUCGGCGGUCUCCCGAGGGUAGACACUCCGAUGCUCAAGUCAAUAAAGGGUUAUCGGAACAAUUGAAUGUAUAGUUUGUUAAGCUAUAUUUGCGUACCUGUACUGAGAUGUGAUCAACCCUAUUUAUAGGCAUGAGAAUCCCCAGGAAGUCUCCGAAUCCUAUUAGGUUUAUACAACCUAAACCGCUCUAAGAGAGUCGGUUGGACUCAUUUCCCGGUUAAUGGGCCAGUCCAGUCUCGGUGAUGGAUAUGGACUCAUCAAGUGCCCCUGUCAAGUGUUAGUUAUAGAAGAUAAACAACGCUUGACACAAAGUUAGUGUCACCUGGACAAGCCCGAGAGU